AUGAGGGGAAGGCCAAAUCCUCAUCCUGGCCCCCGCCUUUCAUCAAAUUAUGCGGUGUGUUUAGCUUGUGCUUCCUGCAUAAAUUCUCAGUGUAGCCAUCUUACAGGAAAGAAAGAUCCUCGCUGCGCAACACUAUUUGUUAUACCAACACCUGAGGCCAGUUCUGAGGGGAAAAUAAAGGUGAAAUUAUCUCUUAUCCUUUCUCUACCAGAGACUUCUUCCUUAUCUUGUCUCUCAUCCCCCAUGAAAGAAAAUCAGCCUGAUGAGGUCUCUGAAGACAACCUUGAAGGAAUGGAGAAGAUAACACAGAUUUUCUCCACAUCUGAAUCUAAUAUCAACCAGAGACUUAACAUGCAGAAAAAAUGGUUGACAGUAGCCCCUGAAAAGAAAGUUAUAAGCCAACAGCCCCAUGCUAUUGACUGGCUACUUUAUGUUAAAGACAGUAGUUCUCAGCUACAAUCUCUGCUCCCAUCCUCUUCCUCCUCUUCCUCCUCUUCCUCCUCCUCCUGCUCUUUUGACGCCUCUGCUGUCUCUGCCGCCUUCGCUGCCUCUUCUUCAUCUGCCUUCUCCUUCUCUCCUUCCAUCUCAACCUCCCCACCCCUUCCUUCCAGAGAUUCUGCCACAUCUACGCUUUCGGGUUGUGCAUUCGCUGAGGUAAUUAGUUACCACCGGUUGCCUCCAGGCGUCUCCUGGCUUGAGUUUUUACAUAGUAAAGAUCACCAGCCACUUCCUGGAAAACCAAAUCAAAGUCAGUCACCAUCUUCCAAAACAAAGCCGGAGAAGAAUAGCAACAUAGUAAAUUGGGCAAAGGGACCAAGCGUAUUGUCCAAAUUUUUCCAAAGUUUCAAAGUUAGAAAUCCUGAUUAA